AUGGGCAUGAAUGAGGUGUAUGGAGAGGUAGAUAGUGAGUUGUGUGGGGCUGAAGUUGCCUCCAACUCUUACGACUUUUCCGACCCUCACAUAGUUGAGCCUUCAGAAUACAGAACACCGGAAUGUGAUCAUUAUGACUACCCAGCAUGUCCCAGGAUCCUCAGCCCCGUGUGUGGAAGCGACUUGAACACUUAUGGGAAUGAAUGCAUCUUGUGCAUGAAGAUCAGGGAGGAUGGGAACCCUAUUAAAAUCAUCCAAGAUUCACCUUGCUGA